UUAUGAAUGCUGCAUGCAGAAAAAAGGUCAAAAUCGGGAGCGGUCGGCCUUGGAAUGCUAUAACGUGUACAACAACUGGACCUGUCUACUGCUUAAUAGGGUAUUUUCCCAAUGUGAAAAAUGCCCGGAACAGAAUCCAGAUGAGAUAGUAAAUCCGACUACGGAUAAGAAAACUUCAAGAACGACGUUAAGGCCAUUACUGAAUUCAGACGAGUUUGGAAUCGAUAAGGAUCCGAAUAAGAAUUCAAAGGAGAAAAUUGGAUCAUAUUCGGAUCGAACAACUGCCAGAACGACUACUAGGGCUACUACGAGUACAAAAACACGACACGAACCAAUACCGGUAAGUAGUUUCACUUCAACGGAUUUGUUUAUCUAAAUAAAAUUACAACCAUUAGUAAG